CUUUUCCGAGCAGUCAGUAGGAGGAGCGGACCUCUGCGGGUUUGUGUCUCCACUCUCCCCUUACUCAGACCAAGGGAAAAAGCCCCAUACAGCCUCUGAGAGGACUUAAUUUCCGACUACAGAUAACGGACUGAUCCCAUACUUGGUUUUUAUCUUCACUGUCUGAGUUUUCUCUGAGGUGGAAAGUUGAGGGAAUGAGUUUGAGGGGAGAUCCUCGGUGACUUUGAGUCUGAGGAGACAGAGAGGAUCCCGGUGCCAGCAGGGCAGAUAUCUGCUGCUGUCUGUCUGUCUGUGAGAGAGGAUCAUCUCUGAAAAGAGCUCUGCUGAACUUUCUCUGUAUGAAGCCUCAGAUUACAGCUCAGAGGUAAGAGAGAACAUCGCACUGAACUUAUCAAAGCCUUAACAAAAACACCUUAUCAUUGAAUGUUUAAUGUUUGAGAUAAGUGAUAUUUUCUGUUUGUUGUACAUCUCUUCUUCUGUUUUAUGAUACUCACGUCAUAUCCAGGUGGAGGUAUUCUUUCCUUUGGUACAUAAACUCAGUUUAUCAAUCACGUGUUAGGCAUCAAUUAAAGCUCCUGUCAAGACCUUUAGCUUGGUGUGAGUUUUGGCGCCCUCUGUGGCGAACUCAGCACUUCAUUUAUCACAUUAUGUUGGUAGAAGAGGACGUUUCACAAUCCAAUUAUUACAUCCUCCAGCUAAAACUGGACUUUUGAAAUAAGUGUUAACAUGUCACUGCAGUUAAAAUUGCAUAGAGGCCUUUAUUAGGCAAGCUGUGGGAUUUCUAACGAUCUGCAUUUUAUUGAGGUUUCUUUGCAAACAGAUCUGCAAAAUGACAGAAAACAUUUACGAGCCAGACCAAUAGUUGGCAGUACAUCCUUUGUGGCCCCACUUAUCCUGUAGAUCCGUGUGCUAUAACAGCAGACUCUCAAACAGCUGAGUAAUACAGUGUCAUAUAUAAGUAGUUUUAACUCAGUAGCAGCAAUGCAAAUGCGGCAAAAGAAAGAAGCAGUUAAAUAUGAGGUAAUCUGUGAAAUGUGUUGAGCUAACUAUGCUUAAUGGUUAGCCAUGUAGCCACCUCUUGCAAAAUGACGAGAGCGGUACUAUGUGACAUCAGUUCACCAUGACCUAACAGCCUACAAAGGCCACAUCAGCUGGAUGCUUCAGAGGCAGCAGUCCCUUGAACCGAACACAGCCUAUAUGUGUGAAUGGUGCAGUUAUUGCAGCAGCUCCCUGUCUUGCUAGUUCACAGCAAAAGAGUUUUUCAUGGUGCUUCUGCUCUGGAUACUGGUUUCAAAAAUUUGUGUUUGCAUCUGUCCAAAACUCAAUUUCUGUGUCUGACAAAAUGCUGCAAAAGUUUACAGUUCUUUACUAAAACAAUAUUCUACUGUUAAAGCUCCCACGUUAACAGCCUUGAAGUUGAAUAUUUAAAAGUAGGACUAACAUAUCUUGGUACUGCAUUGGUUGGAUUGAUGUAUUCUUGCAUUAGGGCAGCACGAUAUAUUGCUUGAGCAUCAUCAUCAUGAUUGACAUUUGCAUGAUAGUCACAUUGCAGAGCCUGCAAUGUAGGAGGCGAAUGGACUCAUCUAAUUUCAAAGGUAGCUUUAGCUAGUAUACACUGCUUGUGACUCUGCAUGUGCUGUGCAGCAAUCCACCAAUCACAUUCAUACUCAAUUGCCAAGCAGACUACCCUACCAGCCGUCAAUCAAGUAAGAGAGGAGGAAACCACGCCCCUGCAUGUGGCCUGCACAUGGAGUGAGUCGCUGGUGCUGUUGGUGGUGUUCGGAUAGACGCAUGCCCGCCGAGAAUUACUAUUGGAACGUUACUCAUCACUGUUAAGCCCCACAAAUAAUAAAUGUAUGGAUUUUAAAUUGUACAUUUCCGUGGACCACUCUAUUAUAAGUGGUGUGUGUUUCCGCGAGGUGCAUGCAAUUCUUAGCGGACAUGCAUUUCUUGGCACAACACCGGUAACAACAACAACAACCAUUGCAAAAUGAGCAACGAACAAGAAAAAAAACACAGAAAACGAAGACUUGUUGCCAAAAAGAAAAGCUAUGUCACUUAUCUGGAAUUAUUUUGGUUAAAGGGAGGAUCAUGUCGACCAAACACGUGUUCUGUGUUGGUAGUGCCUUUCAUCUGUUGCCACAAUGAGAGAUAACAAGUCCCAGCACAAUAAAAACAAGCUAAAAAUAUCUCUAAGACAGACUGAAGCCAUUCUACCAACAUUCACAAAAAGAGGUAAGAUCAGUGCAGGUUAACUGUCCUCAAGAUUUCAGCAGGGCAGAGUAUAGCAUUAAGUGCUGUUUGGGUCAUCUGGUGACAAUUCCUGUAUUUUUGCAAUAUAUAUCGUAGGGUUGAAAGAGAUUGCAAUGUCAGUUUAUUUCUAAUAUUGUGCAGCCCUGUCUUACAUGCAUACCGUGAUCAGACCAAACUAUUGUUUCGCACAUGUUCCAUGACACGGCUUAGUGUCAGAACUCAAACAGCUGCGUUGUUGUCUGAUUUGGGAUACAACCACAGGCUGGAGAGGCAGCAUGCAUCUGAACUGUACCCAAAGUAAAGCGUGGAGUCCACAGUAAAGGUACAAAACUGUAAAAUGUUGCUCAGCUUUGUUUUGGUGUGCGAUGUAACAGGCCAACCAUGGGGAGGUCCAGAAAGCAGAGCUCUACUGUAACAGCAGACCCGGUGCUGGUAAAGAUAAUGAAAGUAGUUUCUGUCUAACCAAACUAUAACCAUAACUCCACUGAAACAUGCAUGUAAACUGAGUGAUGUUAACCUGCCCCCCCUCAGACGUUUCAGGCAUCAAAAUAUACAAUAGAAACAAAUAGACAUGAUGUGGUUGGUCUCCUUUACUGUUGUAGUUCAUCAAUAUCAACUUUAGUUUAUUUCAUAUACAGUUAAAUCUGCUUACUGCAGCUUUAGAUUUUGAUUCCAUGUAACAAAAAAAAAAAAACUUUUAACACAUGGCUGAUGUGUUGAAGUCAGUUUUGGUUGAUGGAUUUUGAUGGAGUUUAGUUGUUGGUUGAUUCCUCUUGAAUCAGGGGCCUUAAUGCUUCAUGUUUGCUUAUAUAAUGGACAGGAAAAUCCUUUUUUUUCUCUUCACAUCAUUUCAAAUAUAGUUUAUUAUCAGUAUAUUUCUGCUGAACUUCAACAUGCUUUCCACCCUUUUUUUGGAUCAGAUGCAACAGGCUACCUCUCCUCUCCUCUUCUGAUGUGCUCAGCCAUAUGGAAGGAAUUCAGCAAGUGAUCUCACAUGAUCUAUUUAAAUUACUCUGAGAUCAGUGGACGUGAGAUACUGGCAGGCUGGAGAGAGAAGGAGAAGGAGGGGCUGCAGAUGUUUAAAACUAGAAGCUUAAGUUAGAGAGGCCUAAAACAGAGUUAACCCUGAUAUCAUCUGUUGCACACAGUAAACAGAGAAAUGCAUGAGUGCAAAUAAGACACAGUAGCUCUGACAGCUGCUUGUUGUUGCCCGGGCAGUGCAUGAUGGACAGGCUGCACAGCAUCCACUGAUUGGAUCACGCAGAGCUUUCAUCUAAAGGUCUUAUAAAAACGCUGCUGACUCCACAGUGCAGCUGAGCGCCAUCACUUUAAUCAGGGAAAUGGAGUCAGGAAGGGAGGCGAGGGGAGGAAGAGAGGGGGAGUGACAAGGAGAUAUGGAAGACAUAAGAGGCGGAGAGAGGACAGUUGUGUAGGAGGGAGAGGGGGAGGAUGGCUAAUUGGGGAGGAGGGCAAAUGUAGGACAGUGGGGGAGUCAGGGGACGGUAGCGGAGCCGGUAGCCACCAGCUGAACAGGAGCGACCUCACGGCCCCUGGGGAACAGCUGAGGCUGGGGGGGCCGGGCUGCUGUCUGAUUUACGAGACCACUUACUGCACACAUACACACACACACACACACACACACUCAGGGAGGGCCACACCCAGGCCUUUCCUCCAGACAUGCGAUGUUUCUCAUGUGUACGUUUGUGCGAUCUUGUCCCCCUGACACAGUGGUGUUGAAUAUGCAAAGUGUGUCUCUCUGUGUUACUGUGUGUCUUAGGUAAAGUGAUGGAUGUGUACAUUUCUCCUCUCUGACUCCUGCUUAAUGCUGAAGGAGGAGGUCUCAGUCCCAGACACAUAAAGUAAUCCCAUUUAUUUACCUUCAGCACACACACACACACGCACGCACGCACACACACCUGCAGCUUUCCUCACACACUUCACUUACUGCUGUUUCUCUCACCUGUAUGUGCCUGUGUAGUUCUCAACAAUCAUCAAGAGCAGCUAUCAUCUAGACACCCAAUAAUUCAACUUGUGUCGUACUCAGUGUUGUGCUGUUACACCAGGAGAUGCAUGUGUCUUUAGCUUAGAUAGCACAGAACAGCAUAAGCAAAGAAGGCUGCUCAGAGUUAUAGAAACAACAGUGCCAGAAUUUCAAACUUAACACAAAACAUUUCAUUUCAGUCUCUGACGGGGACGUUCAGGUGAAAAUAGCAGAGUUUCUUGGUCUUAGUUAAGAGCAGCUCAGCUUACAGCCCCUCAGGAUGUCCUGAGUCUGUUCAGGAGUGACAGAGAGAGGCUGAUCUGUAAUGUGGAGCUUCGUUCAGGUUGUUAAUGAUCUUUACUUGGAGGAGAAGAGUACAGAAGUACAUUUAUCAUUAUUUUUAGAUUUGCACUAAGGAGCAGUCUGGUUUUUCACGUCAUUUUUCCAGGCUUCCAACAUCAUCAGAGGCUCCUCUAGCUAGGGAUGGACAAUAAAUUAUUGUAACCUAACCACUAACCUACCACUCAAACUUGUGGUUAAGUAUCUUAAUUGACUCCUCCAACUGGUGUUCUCAAGACAGAAUGAGUCAAGAAUAUAGAUUGGAAUUAUAAUUCUUUUUUUUUUAUCUGGACUUUUAUCGUUAUUGCCAGAAUGGCAAAUCUUAUCAAGAUAAGAUACAUUUGUUAGCCCAUCCCUACCUCCAGCUGUCCCAUAAAGACACCAAAGUAUUUACAGUGAUAAAAAUAGAGAAACACACUGUGACCGCUGAGCACCAAGUCUAAAUUUGAGUGCAUUUGAGUGCAACAUUGAAGUUUUCUCUCAUGGUUUAUGUUUCCAUCCUUUUGAAACCGUGUUUUUGCUCAGAUUCUUCUCUUGUAGUCCAGAUUACGGGGCAGGUCUUUCUCCUGGCUUUGGUCUGUGACCUGCUGCCAAAGCAUUAACUCUUCUCCUCCCGCUCCUCUGAGCCUCUGAACCUUUUUCGGGUGGCCUCUUGCUUCUAAAAACAGAACCUGGAGCUGGUGAGGAAUGGCGUGGUUAAAGCUGACUUCUGCUUGCCAAGGGCUGCUGGGAAAAGAGGCCAAACAUGUAGUGUUGGUAGUAAAUAGUAGCAGAGUCCUGUCCAGCUGAAAGGCUUGUUUGACUGUGUUUAUUAUUUUGACACAGUGAAGCGGUUUAAUCGCAGGGCCUGUGAGCUGCAGUAGAAAUGUUUAUACGCCUGUCAGUCACAGACACGCUGGGGUUCAAGGAAAUCAAAGGGUUUCUGUUUGAAAUGUGGUUUUAUUCACUGACACUGGAUUCACUUUCACUAGGACUACAGUCAUAACACUGCGGUCCAAUAAAUGUUUGUACUCUCAAACUGAAGAUUAAAACAGAGAAUCAAACAAUCGGAUGGGUAUCAGACCUGUUUUUAACGUCGUUUUAGACAUUUGUGACUUUGCUGAAGGGUUGGUGCCGAAAUGUUGGUAAAGGACAUUGGAUGCUGCAGCUUCCUCUGACUGACUCUUUAAAGUCUAAUUACCGAUUCAGAUUCCACCCCUAACCCUAACCCUAACGCUGACAUGGCUCAGAUUGAGUUGGUUAGAUAACAACACUUUGAUUCUUGGUGUUUCGUGUAACAAAAUCAGGAUUUAGUUGACAGUUUAGUAAACAGAAGAGGCUGUGAGAGGAGCUGCUGCUGACUCUAGAGUAGAUGUUCUAGGUUAUUAAGGAUCGCAUUGCUGAAAUAUUUAUCUUUCAACAGGCUUUUAAAAGGAGCAAAGUUGCUCAUCUUUUCAAAAGAAACUGUGAUUUACAUUACAGGCCAAAAGUUUGGAAGCAAGGCCAUUACAGGCCGAACAGUUGGGAGUAACUUCAAGUUUUUGUUCACAAUGUUUUUUUUAAAUCAAGCAUGAGUUUUAUGUAUUUUGGGAUGUAUUUACUCCAUGAUCAGAUGUUGCUUUCAUGGAAAUGCACCAUUUUACUCCAUUUACCUUUAGAUAUACAUUGAUGUUAACAGACCAUUGCUAAAUAUAUGACAGCAAAAGAUAAUAAGGGCUUAGUUUUCAAAACGCAGAGUCUAUGUCUGCAGACAAACUGGUGAACGUCUGAAAGCACCAUGUGUUAAACCCACAAUUCAGCAUGGAGGUGAUAGUUUCAUGGUAUGGGGAUGUUUUGCAGUAGGAUAGUGGUUCGAAGUAAAGGGUAUCAUGAAGAAGGAACAGUACCACUCCAUCCUCCAGCAUCAUGCUGUUCCAUCUGGACUCAGACUUGUGGCUCAUAAGUUUGUUUUGCAGCAAGACAAUGACCCUAAGCACUCUGCCAAGCUCUGUCAGGGUUACCUAGACAAAAAAGAAGAGGAAGGUGUUCUUCAAAUGAUGGUUUGGCCCCCUCAGUCUCCAGACCUUUCUCCAAUUGAGCUUGUGCGGAAUGAAUUGGAUCGAUCGGUCAGAUAAAAGCGUCCCACGAAUCAGCAGUCUCUUUUUAAUGAACUUAAGAAAGCUUGGAAUGCAAUCCCUGGAACAUACCUUAAAAAACUUGUGGAACGAAUGCCUGGUAUAUAUGCCAAGCUGUUGUUAAAGCCAGAGGAGGUUACUUUAAAGAAAGCAAAGUCUAAGCGACAAUAACUCAGAUACCUAAUAAUUAUAGUCAAAAUGUCUUCUGAUAAGUUACUCUUUACACAAUAGUCAUGUUUAUUGUGUUGCAAAUUAUAUUAAUGAAACUUUGAUCUUUUUUGUACAAAUCUGAUCUUGCUUCCAAACUUUUGGCCUGUAGUUUAGUUUGAUGAAAUACCCCCUCCAAAAAUUCUGUCUAUAAAUAGAGAAGAUAAAAACUUUCACCCAGAUAAAUGAUGAAGCCACAAAUAGGUAGACAGCUAGAAGUGUUUAGAUUCAGGCUCACAGCCAGUGUUCAGGGACUUUUUUAGUUUCACUUCAUUUAUUUAAAGUCCCACUCCGAUCAUUUUUUUUUCACUACUUAACGUGUUCUCAGUAGUUAAUAUCGUAUAGUUAAGUUUCUCACGGCGCUUUCCCAGGAUCAUGUCCUUUACUUUCCCACAGAGAAAUCUGGUGCAGUUGGUCAAAAUGUCACUUUAACUGCACAUUAGUAACUAUACAGGCUGUUUUUUUUAUUUUUUAUUUUUUUAUUGCAUUGCUGCCUGUUUAUGUUUGCACCAUAUGGUUACACAAUGGACCGUUCUAAUGUUUGCAACAAUGCUAUUUGCACAGCAGUGUAGUUUGUGGAGCGUUAAACCUUUCGUACGUUCAUGUCAGAAAAUCUUUUUGGUUCAUUUGCAGGUUUAGUGGACACACAAGCCAUGCAAUAUUUGAGCAAAAAAGUCUCAGACAGAGAUAAUUUGAUAUGAAAGGUCUACCUCCAACUCAGACCUGGUUCAAAUAAAGACCUGGUAUCUCAAGAACAAAGCAAAUUUGAGGAUUUGCUCUAAAUGUUUAUAAGACAUGUCUACAAGUGUGAAGGUUUGAUGUCAUGUUUGAAUAAAAUUACUGUCAUCAUUCUUUUGGUCAUGUAUGAGAAACUUUGACUUCCUUGUUUGUUUCUGUUAUGUGCCCUACAUGUGGGUCUGAUACAAUGCUAACCCUGUUCUCUGUCUCUGUGAAUGUGGUCUGUUUGAGGCUGAGGUCUCAGGGGUGAUAAAGUGAGUCACCAGCAGUCCCCCACUUGAGAGACAAAAAGACAUUAUAGUCCUGUGGCCGUAUAGAGGGACUUCUUUAUCAUGCACAUUAGCUCUGUGCUGUCCCAUAUUUGCAGAUGUGCAUAUCUGAUGCAGCUCAGUGAUAGAGGCUUGCCGUUUUAACUUCAAACAGCUUAAUAAGGAAACAAAUUAAUGUGACCUGAUUCAAGAGAGUACAUCUGAUGUUUUGCCCCCUGCAGUGAUAUUUAGAUUGUUUUGGUGGUUUUGUGGCCUAUUGAUGUCUGCUGGGUGUAGUUUUCCUGUAAGCUGUGAACAGGUUCCUGUCACACCCUCACACAGGCCUGUACCCUGUAUUUUUAUGUUCUUGUUUGAAACAAACUGGAAUAAACUGAGCUCUCGCUUCCUCUCACGUCUAAAUGCCAAAUAUACCAUCUUUACGGCUUGGAGAAGGAGCUGCGGCUAGUUUCCAGGUUCUGUGAUACUGGCCUCCUGUUGGGUGUUUAUCUGAGCAGUUUCCUGCAGAAACAAGCAGAAUGAACUUAAACUGAGGCUGAGAGUAAUGAGGCAGAUCAUCAGCAGCACAUUAGGAUGAUAAUACUACUCUCAGAGUUCAUGAAAGAACAAUUUUAUUCCCUCAUUUACAUUCAGCAGCAGCUGUAAGGCUUAGGGACAUCACGCUUCAGAGAUGUGGAGCAGAGAAGGAUUUUAAGUCCUUUUCUCUUAUUCUCUGUGCCUGUUAUUGUGAUUUUAUGAGGUACAGCAGAGCUCCAAGAGUUUUAGGACAUGAUGUUCAGUCAGAGGCCCUUCAGAACAGCCUGAGAAUCAAAGCUGACAGAUAUGACUGUCCAGGUCCCCAGAGGGAAUGCAUGAUACUUUAGUGCUUACUGUUUUAGCCCUCCAGUUUCCCCUUUUCUCCCUCAGCAGAAAUGGAGGUCCUCUGGCUCAAGUAUCGGGUCUGCAGCCUAAUGAAAGACACCUGAGUGUCAUUAAUGUGUUGGGUUUCCAGGAUUAGGGCCUCAGCAGAGAGACGGUGGAGGUGUCCACAGUUGGCCUACCGCUGGGUGACAAUUGGAUUAAGAUCAAACUUUGACAUGUGUUUAGUGAAAAACAGCUCUGAUGCAGUAGUUUCUAGGCGUUGGUGGUGAGGUUUUUCGCUCCUGUGUACAGUGUACGUUUGUCUCUAUGAAAAUCAUGUUGUUGGUGUCCCUAUAAAGCUAGCAUUUAACCAAAGUUUCUCAACAACUAUUGGAUAAUUUUCAGUGACCUUUGGUGAUGACCUUUAUUUCCUUCUGGAGCCUAAGUUAAAUAAUUCAGAGAUUCCCUCAUCUAGUGCUGUCAGUUUUUGGGAGCAUUUGAUCAUGUUGGGAUUAAAGAUGUUCCUGAGUGAUGGAUUUCUUUAUGAACACAAAACUGAAAAUCCCAAUAAUAAUAAUAAUUCAUAAAAAUGUUUUAGUCAGACUAUACUUUUCUUUGAGUUUGUGUAAAUCUGAGGAUGUGCUGACAGCAGAUUUGUUCAUGUUUGUGAAUGUUUAUAUGCUGCUUAUUUUUUCUUUGCUGGUGUGAAAGUGCUGACAGAAACUCAACAUUAUCAGGCUGAUAAGCAGCCGUGUGUGUGACUGCUGUCUGUCAUCUUGUUUGUUGGGCUCAGUGGAAAUUAAAAGACACACUUGGUUUGCUUCAUAGCACAGAGAAAUCAAGCACUGAACAAGCUGGACAAUAAAGUUACCUAAUAUUAGUGUGAAGUUUUCAUCUUAACCCACCAUGAUAGAAUCACUUUGCAGUGUUUAGCAAGUUACAGUGAAGAUGAAGAACCAACUCUAAUGGGCAGAAAGAGAGAGAUGGACAGAGGAGAGACUGAUAGAGGGAGAUUUAGAAAGAGCUGACUGAGGGCUGGCUCAGGAUCAGCUGACUGUAGCCUUUAGUUUGACUUUGUGUCCUGCCCAAACUAAUGCUGUGCUUAAAUAGUCUAUGCCUAUAGCAGUCUUAUUGUUUAGUAGUCCAGCUGCAUUAUGCUGCUGCUAUGCUUCAAACACGCUUCCAGUGGGCGAUGACACACACUGCCUGACAGAGCCGGGAUGCGACGCUGAAGGUACACGCCCAACAUGGAUCCUGUGAGUUUUUUAGCUAAAGAGCUAGUCCAAGCCCGGACUUUAUUAAAGAUGGAAGUUUUGGUAAAACAAAGAGCAAAGAGCAUAUCUACUUCUGGACCCUGACUGGUUGGUUAAGUCCAAAGAAGAGGGACUUGGUUACUGAAAGCUGCACCUCCUUGACCACUUUUGGAGACCUGAGGUUAGCUGAGCAGGCCUGCUGUAAGGUUAUGGUGGGAUAAAAGCUCACCUUAAGGUCUGAAAAAUUAAAACAGUGGUUGACCACAAAGAGCUUUUAAGUUCAGAGGAAAGGUUUUAAAUCCUGUCCUGGAUUUUAUGGGGGGGUCAUUGUGGAGCAAGGAGAGAUCUCUUCUCCUGCGUCUAGUUAGUACUGGAGUAGCAGUGUUAAGGACCAGCAGUGGGUCUGACAGCCCUUGACUACUAUCGUGCUUCUGCCUUGUUGACUGUUUUUUAACCAUACAUAGUCCUUGUCCAGGAGCUGCAGCUUCUCUCAGUUGGCUGUCUGCAGACCCGCUCUGUAUUGAUGGUUGUUAUCCUUGUCUUUGUCCCUGUAAUGCCGUAAAUAUUUGUGUUGCUGCAGAUUGAUGUCUUGUUUCCAGAUGAUCCUUUUUGCUUUUUGCACUCUGCAGGUUUGGCUCUGGGUUUUGUAGACGGUCUCAGUGACUUCAUAUCUGACAGCUGUUUAUUCAUACAGACUAAGAUUAUCUGGCUGUGUUGCAGCCAUGGUCUGAGCUGCUUUCAGGACUUGUUUAGCUUCCCCCAGAGUUUAGAUUUCACUGAUGUCCUGGUUUAGGUUUGAGAAUCAGACACGCCGAGUUCACAAAGACAAUAGGCUGCCGUUUUGGCAGCUCAAACCGCCCCCUCAUUCCUCCCAUCCCCUCUCUCUUUUCCUCUCAUGUCUGAAUGCCAAAUAUGUCAUCUUUGCGGCUUGGAGAGGGAGCUGUUGCUGGUUUCCAGGCUCUGUGAUAGCGACUUCCUGUGUGAUCCAGCUGAGCUUCCUGUGUUUCAGCACAGGAAGGGCCGACUCAGCAAACACAGAGGGUUUGAGGAGGCUUACUGUAAAGCAGAUCCCAGCUUCACAGGCUGAGCCCUGAGCUCACUACGUCACAGCCCAACAUGAUCCCCUGAAACUAUCCUGCGUGUUAUCCUGGAGGAUUGGGAGGACUGGACUCUCUGUCUCUGUUUUCACCGGAUCAUCUCAAACUCUGCGUUUUUACAGAUGCUCUGUUAAAGCUGGUCAAGUUUAAAAAACCAACUCUGUGACUUUACUGCUGAAAAACAUUUUUCCUGGCACCUUAUGCUGAAAUAUCUUCAUCCAGAUUAACAGUGCAGUUAGUCCCAGGGUUUUCCAUUUCCUCUGUGGAGUAGAGGUAGUUUGUUUUUAGCCUUGUGUGAUUUAGUUUAACUUUUGGAGUGAUUGGGGAGGCCAGGUGUGGAGGUCAGUGGUCUAAAAUAAGAUGUUGGAGCUGCUCAGCUAUUUCUAACACAGAGACAGAGUCCUGCAUGCUGCUGCACAGACUAACGUGGAGGUUUUCCCUCCGUUGUUCCUGGUGGGACAUGUUGAGAUGAGAUGAAAUAUCAAGAAUUUCAGAGCAGAAAAGAAAGAAAAUAAAUGGCAGUGACUUUCCGGGCAGAGGUUUGUCUUUAAAUCUUUAGCCUCAUACUUACAUAAGAGGAAUGUCAGCGUGCUCCAGGCCAACGUUUGUGGUUUUACUAUGAAAAAAAAAAACAAAAAAACAGCAGUAGGUCAGCCUAACAAAAUCUGCAGCUCAAUUUUUACUUCAAAUGUCAAAGCCUUUGAUGCCUUUUAAUUUAUUAACUUUCAUGGUUUUAGGAUCUCUGAUCCUCACAGCUUUAUAUAGUUCUAGUUAGGGCUGGGCAAUAUGGGAAAAAAUUUAUCAUGAUAUUUUUUUUUUCACAUCAGUUGAUAUCGAUAUGUAUCACGAUAUAAAAAAAAUACUUCAUUGAAAAUGUUCCCUGGUACUCUUGAAAGAAAUUUAACAUGUACUCAAAAUAAUUUACAGAGCACAUUACUCUGCUUCAUGUCCGACCUCAAAAAACCAAAAUACCUCCAAACCACCAACAUUUUCAUGCCGGUGUUGUCAAUGAUGUCGUCAUCUGUUGAGCCGUCAUCUACGUUUCUGCCGGAGGUAGCACUCAUUUUGUCUUCUUCUUACCAACAGUGCUGUCGGCUUUACCUGUUAAAGUGCUAUGGUUGCGUGUAACUGCAGCCUGCUACUACACAGUUGGUUGCUACUUGGUUCUGAUUCAGCACAUGAUUGGUUCAGCGCGGAGCGGACCCAGAGCAACUCCUCUUUUCAUUGGCUAUUCGUCUAGUCUACCAAAACAUGGCAGAAUGCAGGUUAUCGAAAAGGAUAUUGACCAUGUUUUAUAUGGGUAUCGAGGGACAUUAAUUUUUGAUAUCUUUAUCAUUUUAUUGCCCAACUCUAGUUCUAGUUAUACCAGGAAUGCUCUCUGUAGCCUCAUUGUAUUUAUUAUCAUCGUAAUACAAGGUUUUCAUUGGUAUAUCAGUCCGCUCCAUAUGUUCAUGCAUACUAAGAUCCAGCUCAGACCAUUAUAUUGAUCAUUCUAAGAUGUAUAUGUAACCUCUGCAGAUAUACUGAAUGGGUCAGGUUAUUAACAUUUCACAUAUUAUGUGCAAAGACCAGCAGACUUUGGUCCACAUGACUUGAUUGUAUCAGGCUUCCUAACACUACCUGACCUACGCUCACAUGAAAGGUUAAAGGUCACAGCCUGAGUCUUUCUGGAUUGAAGAUGUGGUGCAUGUUGUGAAAAGCUUCAGUCAUUUGGAUCACAGAUUUGAAACUGUCCCAUUCUCUGGUUUCUGGUUAUAGGAUCUUGCAGUCUUCUUGUCUUUUUUAGGCUUGUGUUGGGCAGAUGUGCUGCUUCCUUACUCUGUUACGGUCUUAAAAUCAGGAUGCAUCUGUAAAGGAAAUUACUUGGCAUGUGGCUAAAAGAUUUGAAAAUACUCUGAAGGUUUGCUUUUUCACCUGCUAAGAGUACUUCUGACCAUUUAGGUCCUAAUUUUCCAAAAUUUGAGGGCAGCUUAAAUUGAUGGAUUUUAAACUGAAUCAUAUUUUGUCCUCUCUUGUUGUUACCUGAUAUUUUUACCACUUUUUCACUUGUUCUCUGUCUGACAGACAGACGCUCUGUUAUUGAGGAGCAGCUCCAGUUUUUAGAUGCUAAUGUUAUGUGGAAACUAUGAUGCAGUUUGUGGCUUCUUCGGUAUCUCUCAGAGGACUUUUCUCUCUUUUUCUUCUGUGGAAAAAACAUCAUUUCAGGUUUUCUGCCUGUAUCGCUGUCAGUGAAGAUUAGAGACAUAACGUCUGUCUCAUUAGUUUUAUUUCUCCCAGGAGGAGAGGGGGCGGAGAGUUGGAACACUUUAAGGAUCAGACCUCCUGUCAUGGUCUUAAAGGGGAGUCUGAUUCAUGGCUUUUGUCUGCUGAAAGAGGGUCCUGAAGCUAGAGGGUGGGUGCAGACACAGACAGACUCUGUUUGGUAUUCUCCUUCAGCUCUGUUGGGAUGUUUUCAGCUCUGAGCUGUUUGAAGGGUAUGUGGAGUCAGAGGGCGGCUGGUUUGGCUCUGAGGGAGUGAACUGAGAGAUUGUGUGGGUGGUAUGAAGGAGGAGGGAGAAAAGGAGAAGAGUUUAGGAUGCCAGAGAUAUGCCAAGGACAGCAGAGGAUCGGCUGAAUGCAUUAAGGAAUUUUUUAAUGAAAUAUAAACUGAACUUAAGGCCCACAGAGUCUCAAGACUUACCUAGACCAGUUUCUCUGAUGUCUGCAGGUCUCAUUGGCAUAUUAAAGACCUGAACAGUCAGACUAACACUUUUUCUAUGAAACAGAAAGGUUUGAGCCAGGCUCAAAUGUCUGUAAGUGCCUCUCUCUGGUUAGCUGCAGCUCUUUUCCGCUCCGAGUUGUGCACCGCCCUUUCCUGUUUUUGCUUCUUUUCCAUUCCUCUUUUCACGGCCAGAGGAGAGCAGCCUUUCAGAGGGAGGGGAGUCCGGCCUCCCCUUACAAAGAGCACUGUGACUGCGAGCUGCCAUCACUCCUUUACUGCCGUGGUGUGUUUUUCUGCCUCCCUAACUCUCCUGGUCAUUAUUCACGGCAGUGCACGCUGAAGUAAGAACUCCUAAUCUGAAGGAAAGUCAACCCACCCAGUCACAGAGGCCUGUGUGUUUCUAUUAAGUGGGAUUUUCUUGCAGCAGAGAGUUUCAUUCUGUAACCUAGAGCUAUUUUGGAUUAUUGGAAUAAUGGGGACGAUCUGCAAAAAGUCCAAGAUGUGGUAAAAAUCCAUAUUUUACAGCGAGGACUGUGGGGUACUCUGACUCAUAAAUGAAAUUAUGCUCUAUACUGUCUCAUGAGGUAUGCAUGCAUAUGUAAACCUAUUAGGAAGCUACAUGUUAGAGGUUUCACCAGUUGAUUACAUGUAGUCAGCUAUUUUAAAGUGAAUUAAACAGUCUCAUCUGCAAGAGGAAGAGACAAAAACUGCCCUGCAAACUAAAUUGAUAGACUGAAUUAUUCUGCAGGCUUCAUGUUGGUGAGAAAAAAAAAAGAAAAAAAACUACAUUGCAGUGUUUUUCCCUUUCCACAGUUUCUAUUCCAACAUGAAGUGUAUGGAUUUAAACUAAUAAAUACAGUUUAUUUUAAGCUCUGAAGUAUCAUUAACACAAACUGAACUUAAGGCCCACAAGGUCCCUAAAAUCAGAAUCAGAAGACUUUCCAAGACCAGUUUCUCUGAUGUUUGCAGGUUUCAUUGGCAUAAAAAGGCCUGAUUAACAUGACAAACCCUACAGCAGGGAGGAUUAAGACAGGCUUAAAGGGAUAUUCCGGCAUAAAAUUCAUUUAGGGUCAAACACAACACAACACAAGUUAGACACCCCCUCGAGAGAUGAUUGUUGCCAACCUCUUGCCUUUCUAGUUAUACCAACUUUAGUAACAACCGCAGGAUAGAAAUACACAGCGGUCUGAGGAGUCAUAAACAAACCUCAACCAAAAAGCCACUCUAUAGCCACAAAUAAUGCUCAGAACAGCACCUAACUUCAUCAACAGUACAUAUAGGGUCCCAACUAUAGUACUAGCCAUCAAACAUCUUUUUAACUUUGCCUAAUUUCUUUAGCAAAGAGACUAAACACAACUCACCUACUCUCCUCCAGCAGCCACUUGUUUGUAGCAAGACCUCGGGCCAGUCCAUUACAGACUGCUGCAGGGUGAUGCAGCUCAAGGGAGAACAUUUAUGAUAAUUUCUUCAUGGAAAUGCAGAAAAAGUACCGCAUCAGCAGUGCAAAAUGAUUAAUAUGGUGAUUAUUACUCCAAGAAAAUGAUGAUGUAAUGAUCAAAACACAGUCAGACAGUAGCCCCAGUUAGGAUUGUUAGCUAACCCUCUAUAACAUCAUAUCACAACAAAGUUUUGGGAAACGCUGACAUAUGCAUGAAUCAUCUUUCUAGUUGAUAUUAUGUCUGUGUGUGCAUGUGAACACGUUUUGGACAUGCAACAAGAACAAGGUGACAUGGGUCUGUUUGGUCCUGUGAGGUUCAAAUAGAUGUUAGUGUAACUGUUUGUCAUCAUCAGACCCCAGCACAGGGUUGGAUUAAUCAAUUACACACAAUCAUUUUUAAUUACACAGUAUUAGGAACAGUCUCAAAUCACUGCCCGCUCAGAGAGACUCGAUGUACACAAGCUCACAACCUUCUGCUAGGGGUGGGCAAUACGUGAAAAAUUUCAUAUCACGCUUUUUAAAAAAUGUUGUUUAUUUACUUUUUAUUGCAAAAUUAUGAUCACAGGGGGUCUGAAAAAUAGAAAUAAUUAAUAAAAUAAAAUACCCAGAUUUUAACAACCGACAGCAUAACAUUAAUCUUAACUGGAUGGUCUCAUUCUCAAUACAUUUGAACCUAAAAUAAGACUUCACAUACAAAAGUCAAUAUUUACAAAAAUAUUAUCGUCUUAAAAAUGAUAAAAAUCACUUAAAACUAAUGUAUAAUACACAACAGAUACAGAGCAUUUUCCCUCCUUUUUUAUGGCUGGUUAAUUUAUUUUUGGUCACAUCUAACCAGCUUAAACAUCUCUGUCUCCUUUCUCAUUUCUCUCACUCCUCUCUCCGUUCCUCUCCACUGUAGUGUUAUAUUGAACAUUCCUUGUUUUUGUUGUUGUUUUUGUUAAUUAUUAAUUGUUAUCUCAUGGGUCACUAAGGUGAAUUUAGCAAAGCUCCACUGCUUCUUUUAAAUCUUACCGCUCCGUGCUGAAACCUGACACCUGUAACACAUUACUUCUGUGGGUAAAUUGAUAUGGGCUCUCUUUACUUCUAAAAUUUUGAUUUGAGAGGGGAAGAAAUUUAUUUUGACAUAUUUUAGGGGUACAAUGCGCACGACAGAUGAUUCUACGAUCUCUGUGCAUUGGCAAACUGUUGUUACUUUUUAAUCCUUAACGAUCUAAGACCGUCAGAUCGCACACCCCUACCUUCUUCCAUGGCGUAAUAGAUGUGAUGUUUAUAUGAGCCUUUUUUAACCAUGUCUGUGCCGUUAUGUGGACAGAGAGAUACCUCAAUGUGAGGAGUUAGACUCAGUCUGAUGAUGGUAGAAAGUUAGCUUAGCUUUAUCCACCUGCAAAAGCAUGGUCCUUAUACCCAGGCCCCCAUCUGACAGACACACUGAGUGAUAGAGACUCAGACUCAGAUGAUUUUUAUUGUCCCAAAGAAGGAAAAUCUGUUUUGCAGCACAAACACAGAUGAUUGAUCAUACUGUUUAUUUUAUUAACUCCUGUUUCUCUGCCUGUUUUUCAUAUUUCUUGGACUGAACUGGGUGAAAAGGGGUGAUGGGAAACAGGCUCUUACAAAUACCAAGUCCCAUCAUCAUGGCUCCAUGUGCUCUCAUUUCUUCAGAGUGUUGCAGGUUUCUAUCCUCGUCUGGACGCCUUCAGUCCCUCAGGAAUGCCUGAGAAGCUCGGCCCGUUUUAGUCACACACCAUCAUGUCUGCCAUGCAUCAUUCUCUGCUGCCAGCUGAUAAACUGUGAGGCCUGAAACAUAGCGGCAUGCCUGCAGUCUCAGCUCAGGUGUGAGUGAGGAGGGUAGAGGUGAUGAGGAGUGAAGGGUGUGAGAGGCAGGAGGAGCUUUAUAAACAUCUUUACUGCUCUGUCUUUAUUAAAACACUCUCCACAGAUAAACACAGUUGUAUACAAAUGUCUGAACAGCCCUCAGCUCUCUUACACCAACUCUGAAUCAUAUCUGCAGCACGGCUAAAAUGGUGAAACUAUGUAUUUUCGUCUAUCUGCUGAUACCAUCCCUUUUCUAUCCUCGUAAAUCUGACUGACUGUAUUGUCUAAAGCCGUGUUAGUCACAAAGAGUUAAAGCUUUCUCCUUUUUAUUUCUCCAUUGAAAAUGGUGGAUGGUUUCUGAGACUCUCCCACAGAGGAGCCAAAUUAAAGACUGCUGUGAACAGAUAUUGUCCUUAAAAUCCGACCAAAUGUGAAAACUUAAAACAUGGAUUCGAUAAAAGCGUCAGGAAAGUUGGAGCUGGAAUGUGUUGUUUAAAGUUAAAAGCAGCAGCUUUAGAUUUUAUCAGAUAAAUCUAGAUCAUCUCAACAGUAAUGUUUUAUAAAAUAUCUCCUUUGCCAAUGCCCAUGACCAGUUUGGAUCAAUAUUUAAUGUUCAGCCCUAAUAAUAAGGUUUUGGCUCUAUAAUUACUGAGCGGUUUGUUAAGUUAUGACACUUUGCACAAUCAGGUGAACAUUCAAACCCACCUGCCUCUAUCAGACACAUCUGUGAACUCAGCAAAUAUCAGGAUAUCAUGAUAAACAUGGUUAUUCUUAAGGGUUACAAUAAUUGAUGAUAUUUCCUCAUUGUACACACACUUGGCUUAAAGGUAGUCAUCCUUUCACUGAUAUAUUUUUGUGUCUUUGUCUAAAUCUUCUCUUAUUAGUCCAGAAAAAGACUAAAAUGCAUCUUUUACAGAGCUCAUCUAACUCAAACCAUCUUGAAAUGUGGACAGCUUGUAUUUAUGACUCCUGAACUCUGAGCUUUGGGGGUGGACUCCACGGCAGCAUAACAUCCUGCUCCCAGCUCUUCCUCAGACCGCUCUCUGCUACAUUUUACUGGAGCUUUUUUGCCCAGCAUUCCUCUGUGCAGCUGCUGAGCUUCAUGGGAUUAAAGACAACACAGUUAUUUUACUAACUUGACACCUUGCUGGCAUUUUAUCAUUGAGGUUGGGGUUUGAAUGAUGAAGUUCAAACUCUGGUGCUGGUGCAAAGAAAAUAACUGAGUUUGCUGUUCUGUUUUAAGAGGAAUGUGAACCUGAAUUCCUCUGUUUACAGCUCUGUCUGCACUGAAACUGAUUCAUCAUGAACUAGUAGACUGAAUACAGUUUGCAUUUUUCAUUUACAGCCACCAGAGGAACAUUUUCUGUCAGCUUUACCCACUUUUAGAAGUUUGAGUUUGUGGCAGUGAUGGUGCAACAGUAGGAGAGCUGGGUUAACUGGGGUAUUUAUCUUGCUAAAACACACCACCCAUGUGCAGCAGUGGAGAUUCAAGCCAGCUGAUCUAAUCUGGGCUCUGUAGACAGGCCGUCUGCCCCUCUGUGUCUAUACAUACAUGCAUGCACGCACACACUACACAGAGGAAUGCAUCACUCAACACCGAGCACACUGAACGUCAGAGCCUCCUCUACCACAGUGAAAGGGAAUGCACGCUUCAGAGUGGCCUCUAUGAAGAGCCUGAAACUGGUCCAGAAAAGAAAAUGUCAAAGAGAAAGAAAUACUGUUUUUAUCUCUUUCUGUCUCAUUGUAAUUUGAACCUCAUGCUCAGUAGACUGGACUUUAAACAACUGUGAAGAUCCUUCAGAGACGACUCCUCUGAGUUUGUGAUUCAUGAUGAGGAGGACAUCACACAGUACAUUCCUCAUGUAAAUUAGAUUCUGCACAUGCUGAUCUCCUGCUGGUUAAUGUGCACAACAUCAGGCCAUUGAUCCGGCAUCUCUGUGGGAGCCUCCCAGCUGUCCCUUAUUAGAGCCGCCAGUAAGAGGUGGUGAGAAUCCCUGAACUGACACUGCUAACUAAAUCUUCAGAGACAGUAGCAGCUCUGUGGAGUUUCGGACGACAGUGAGGGGUCACAGAGGAGCCCCUGUGUUAAACUGACAGUAACCUCAGCGCUGUUCCCAUGAUUAUUUAUCAUAAGUAAAGCUGCAGCCAAAACUGCAGGAAACCUACUCAAGCCCUUUUAUAGCUGUGCUAGCUGCAGUGCUCAGGAAGAGGUUGGCGUUUAAAUAGCUUAAAUAUGUCUAACAACAAGCCCAGAUCUGCCCAGGUUGGUGAUCACUGAUUUAUUUUUUGUACUAAUAUAAAGGAAAAAGUGGCUUCAGCCAAAAAAUCACCAAAGCAGGUGAGCCUCAGGACUGUAUUAUCCUGUUUCAAAAUUCGAACAAAUGAAGAAAAUACUGAUUUCUCUGUAACAACCAGCAAGUGAAGGACUUCACUAGAUUUAAAAAACUCAGGUUUGACCCACCUGUGUAAUAAAACCAAAUAAACAAUCAUCCUUAAGAGUUCAUGGUCUAAAUGCUUGUUAAAAAUCUUCUAAACAGCACAAUGUUGAUUUUAAAGACCAGGAAAAACGCCAGACUUGAUGGCUUAAAUUUUUACCCUCAAACCAUUGAAACAUGAAUGAUGGCGAGCUAAUGUCAACUAAAUCUGUAUACAUGUCAGAGUACACCUCACCGCUGCUUCGAGUUGAAAUGUGAAAAGUCUAGGCAGGGAGAGCAUCAGCAAAGACCCCCAUGGUACAAAACAAAACAGGCCUCAGUGACAAACAUAUCGACCCUUUGAAAAUCAGACUCAGCUUAAAAAGGAGAAGCUGGGGUGGAAGAGGGUCAUAAAGUGGUUUUGGUGAGUUGAAGUGAGGAAGCAGGAAGGGAAAUAGAAACAGUCACUGACUGUUGGGUGAGCAGAAUGUGGAAUCCAGUUGGUGGAGCCUACGGUUUGAUUUAGUAAAUCAAAAUACUUUGAGAUGCCAUCUCUCAUCUGUUCUCAUUUACAUCCAGGUUGUAAAGAAUUACAGCACUUCAGCAGCAGUUGUGGUGGCUUUCCCACACCAUAGGAACAACAUCUGAUCAGCAUUUCAGGCCUCCAGCGUUCUGUGUAAUGAUUCGCCUCGUGAGGAUGACGAUGUUUACGGCCAACUGAACAUCUCUUGGUCCAGAUCCCAGUGUUUUUAUAAGAACUGGAUGGGAUCAGUGCUAGUUAGUGAGUGUUAAAAAGCUACCAUGCUUAUUUAGUGGUAAACAGUCAUAAAUAACAGCACAUUAGCACUGACACUCUUGACUAUGUUAACAAGCUUUCGUUCUAAGAACCGCCAUGGUUAAGUACAGUUUCCCAGAGUGGGCAGACUGGCUUUACACUGGACUAAAAGAGUGAAAAUCUUCUCAUUUGAUAAAUAAGUUAUGAGCUGUACAUUAGCAGGAGGACAUCAAUGAGGCUGAGCAUCCAGACAAAGGAUCAAUACAGACAGGGGACAGGAUAGGGGCUUUCUCUGGAGAGCUGAGGCUAUUUACAGAAAAAAAGGGGAUGGUUGAGGAAAACCAGCUGCAGUCACUCUGAUUGUUUGUGUGUUUUUGUCGGUAUGAAUGUGCGUGUGUAUGUGUGUGUGUGUGUGUGUGAAAGUGCUCUGAAUUGAAUUAGCUGCCUGUUACUGUUUGACCGGCUGAAAAUAACCAAGCCUCUGCCAUCAGAUGAUUUACAGUCUCUAAUUAUAACCCAGCCAUUUACAGAUUUAAUCUGUCAUCCUUCUGGGACUCCUCUGAACCCUUUUAGCUGGGAAAUGAUGAAACUCAGCAUCAAGGUCACCCAGCAGAGGGAUACUCACAAACAGCCUACUUCAUUUUUAGAGCAACAGUAGCAGCUUUAUGAGGCUGUCAGAUGCUCAGACGGUUCUUUUUCUUCUGUGUGUUUUCAGAUGGACCUGAAGCUGCUCUUAAUACCGGCCCUGUUAGGAGUCCUUUGUUACAGUACCGCUCAGAAAGGUAAGAUUUCUCUGAAUAUGACGGAUUCAUACUCUGCUAACAUCAUUCAUGUGUCACAUGGCCUUGUUUUAUAGACGCAACCUUUUAUUAAUAACGUAGAGAUCAGCAGGAUGACUUGCUCCUGAGAGAGCGAGCUUAUUUCAUCCUAAUGAUGUCAUUGACCAGAGAUCCACCUAAGCAUCACGGAGAGCAGAAGAUAAUGGAAAAGGCAGAGAGUAUCCCAUCUCUGUAUCUAAUUACCAUCGAGCCACACAGUGUUCCAGAUGAACUGAUGUGUAAACACAGAGGGCUUAACAGGCUGCUUACUUUACAGGGCCUGAGCUUUACCUCUGCUCCUCUAACUCUGCCUCCUCUCCUCCUCGUCUCUCUUUGCUCAUCCAGAAGGGAACGAGUGCAUCAAUGCCAACGCCAAAUUCUGCGGGGAGUGCAUCCAGGCUGGGGCCAAAUGUGGCUGGUGUACAGACCCGGUAUGUAGAGCUCAGUUUGAACCACUGCAGAGAAACGUCAUUGGAUGCUUUAGUUUCACAGCGUCUGCUUUAGGCUUGAUUAGGGCAUUUUCACACCUGAAAAAAAUAAACAUAGGAUCCAAUUGAAUAAAGCUAAUCGUGUGAAAACUGUAACAUAUCCACUUACAUGGAAAUCUUUAACCAGAUAUUAGGUUUAUAAUAGCACUGAAUUUAUGAAAUAGAACAGACACCUUUGUUUGCUCUGGGUCAGAUCAUAGACAGAGUUUCUUUACAGAGUUUUUUUUACAGAGUUUCAGAGUCUGCAGGUUUACAUUGCCACAUUGGUUUGCUUAGUAUGGCAAAAAUUAGACCACCACUUUAUGCUGCUCACUCAUUCCUCUACCUGGUGUUUAUAUGCCAGUUUAACUCUUCACAGCUCACAUACAGAUUGUUCUCUAUGUUUUAGAUUUUGCCUCUCCAGGUUGCAGAGCCUAAUCAGUUAAUUUUCUCGUUAAAAAUACUGAUAAAUAUCAUUACAGCCUGUCAUUCAAUUGGUCGUAUUAUUUUCUUCAAAUCUUCAAAUCAUUGGUGUUUUGUUUUUGCUCCAGUUUAACCAAAAUGUACUUAAAUGUACCCGACUGACAAGUUUUGUCUAAGAUUUGUUGUAUUUCCAUGAGAAGUGACCAAUCUCUCUGUUGCAUGGUGCUAUUAUUACAGGCUGGUAAUUCAGGCUAAACCUCUCAAAACACCUUUAGCUAUCAUAUCAGUUUCAGUUUUGAAGGAUUUCCAAGCCUUCAGCCAAAGUAGACGUCAUGAAACAGUCUGAGUUGAGUAGUUCACCUCAUGAUAAAUUCACUGAAGUUCACUGAAAAAUCUGACAGACUGUCCCUUUAAUCCUCCUUCAGGAUUUCCUACAACAGGGUGAGACAGUGUCGACACGUUGUGAUGAACUGCAGUCUCUUAUAAGACGAGGCUGCAAUGCCUCGCUGAUAGAAAAUCCCCGCGGUGGACAGGAUGUCCUUAAGAACAAAACGGUGACCCAUCGUCAGAAAGGAGCUGAAAAACUGAAGCCUGAGGAUAUCACGCAGAUCCAGCCCCAGAAAAUCAGCCUCACCCUCCGAUCAGGUCAGAGGGAAUCCUUGUGAAGCUUCUCUCCCUUCUUUUUGAUUCGAGAAGAUAUAUUUUAGCUCCAUGACUUUAAACACUGAGGGUUCUUUAUCACAGGUGAACCUCAAACCUUCGACCUGAAGUUCAAACGAGCUGAAGAUUACCCCAUCGACCUGUACUACCUGAUGGACCUGUCCUACUCCAUGAAGGAUGAUCUGGAGAACGUGAAGAACCUAGGAACUAGUUUGAUGCUGGAGAUGUCAAAGAUCACCUCUGACUUCAAGAUAGGUGAGGAUUUGGGAAUUUGGUGACGUGUUGCAGAAGACAUGUCCACAAAGCCUAACACUGAUAUGUGAAGCAUGUCGUCAACAUGCUUCACAGUCUGUCAAGCCCUUCCUGGCUCAUGAAUCAUGGAGCUGGCAAGGAUUUAAAGUCAGGCCUCGGCUCUGUGGAUGGAGUGGCUCCUAUUCUUGGUCUGAAGAGCUAAAGUGAGCUGCACCUGGGUCACACGUCUUUGUAGCACAGGAUCUUUGGCUGCUGACUUGUUAGAAAUACGUUGUUUGGUUAGUUUCCUGGUGACUCAAAUUACUACAGGUGGUGAUGGUCAAAGUUUUUACACAGAAACAACUCAACACUGUUUUCUUGUUCUUUUACUUCAGUGAGGGAAAAUCAGUGCCAGUGUUUUACUAAAAAAAUAAAUAAAUAAAUAAAACUCCCGCCUGUAAAAUGAUCAAAUUUUCUUUAAAAAUUGGUCCUUAAUUUACAUAUAAAAUCCUGUAGCUGUUUGAUGCACGUUAGUUUUCUUCAUUAGUGGAGGCUUUCAGCUGUUACUCAAGUGUUUGGGUUUGACCUUCUCAGAAAAUGAUCUGCUUUAAACUCUAAACUGGUGCUUACUUUACACACAGAGAUGCAGAUUACUGAAGAUGACCAAUUUAUCCAACCAGUUGGAUUUUACUGAGCAAUUAAUUCUAUGAAUUUUUCCUGAAUUAAAACUCUGAAGAGACUAAAGCAUUCUGAGGGGCUUCAUCUACCAAGACAUACGAUUAUGGGACAAAUAUUUAAGCUGGCUACCAGAGUGUAGAUACAGGUUUAGUGUUUGGUUGGGAUUCUGUUGGGGGUCCACAGUGUCAGACAUACUUAAAAUAAAUAUUUUCAGUGUUUCCAGGCGCUGUGGAGUAAUGAGUGCUACCCGAGUGUAAACAGAGUUUUUCAGGCCUGCACAAACAGACCUUCAAUGACCUCCUCUAAAUUUAUUUGGUGUCAGUUUACUGUCAGAUGAGAGCAGACAUCUAAUUGAGUCUAAUAACAUGUUGAAAGUUCACUUGAGUUUUAAAAAGCUUGACUUUCUUUCAAAGGUUUUGGCUCCUUCGUGGAGAAGACGGUCAUGCCAUACAUCAGCACCACACCUGCAAAGCUGCUGAACCCGUGCACAGGCGACCAGAACUGCACCAGCCCCUUCAGCUACAAGAACGUCCUGAGCCUGACCAGCGAUGGAAAGAAUUUCAACACCCUGGUGGGGCAGCAGCACAUCUCUGGAAACUUGGACUCUCCAGAAGGCGGGUUCGAUGCCAUCAUGCAAGUUGCUGUUUGUGGGGUAAGUUAAGUAAAAAAUCUGAGGGGAAUAACCGUACAAAGGUUCUCAACUCAAGGUGAUUUUUCCCACAAUUACCGCUCUAGCUUGGAGGGAUAAGCACUAAUAAAUGUGUUUAUGUGUUGAUGUGUAAAAGAGAAUUUUUAUGAGUCUUUGCAUUUAAUGGGGAGAUUUUUGGAUGCAGUGUGAUAAAAGUUAAUGUGUCACGCUCAAUUCCACUGUUUGUUUUUAAAGAGAGGCUGCACAACCGUGAGAGAAUCAGCUUUACCUGAUCAGGCUUCUUCCUUGUUUCUCAGGAGCAAAUCGGAUGGAGGAAUGUGACUCGUCUGCUGGUGUUCUCCACUGAUGCUGGCUUCCACUUUGCUGGAGAUGGUAAACUGGGCGGCAUCGUUCUGCCUAAUGAUGGAAAAUGUCACUUGGAGAAUAAUGUGUAUACCAUGAGCCAUUACUAUGUGAGUAAAUCAGUGGGGUUUGACCUGUUUUUAAGGGGGAAAGGGCACUGAAAAGGGUCUCUGAGUUGAGUUUAAACAGACGCUGCUGCUCGUUUUACAUUGUAAAUUUGACUUCCUGUUUUAAAGGACUAUCCCUCCAUCGCUCACCUGGUCCAGAAGCUGAGCGACAACAACAUUCAGACUAUCUUUGCAGUAACAGAGGAGUUCCAGCCUGUUUACCAGGUAAGUCUCCUUCUCCUCUCUUAUCACAGUCCAACACUCUUUGAGUCCACUCGAUUCCUUCUGUUUGGAGCCUAUUCUGCCCCUCUCCUUCUGCGUGCAUGUUCAAACUGCCCCGGGGUAAAUAAAUCCACCUGGUUUGAUACAUCUGCUGUGAGUUAUGGUAACAUCCCCUGAAAGCACUGAUUAUUUUCUCGUGCCAUGCUGUUAUUUUUGAGUCUGGCUCAGCACAUCUGGGUUUGAUAAAAAGGUCUUUUUUUGUUUAGUCCACAGUAGUUUCAAACCAAUUUAUUUAGAAUAAACCUGCUGAAAUGGAUCUGAAUUGGACAAUAAAGGCGAAACAAAGCCAUGACAGAUACUCUAAAACAUGAGGAUGAGCAUUAAGGACAUUACAACUAAGAAUGUACUUAUACACAGGAGAAUCUUCUUUAUUCACAUUCUUUAGAGUUAUAGGCUGAAGUUUUCAUAAACAGUUAAAAUUAUUGUCAUAUUAAAGGUGUUAAAUCAAUACUUACAGUUUAUAUACAUUCAUAGAAAAGUUAUUUUGAGCAUUUUAUUCUUGCUAGUUGAGGUUCAGUGUUUAAAAUGCCAUUUAAACCCUCUAUUUUCAUUUUUCAGGAGCUGAAAAAUCUGAUUCCAAAGUCUGCGGUGGGAACUCUGUCUGCCAAUUCCAGCAACGUUAUUAACCUCAUUAUCGAUGCCUAUAAUGUAAGUAGACAGAUAUCAAGACUUCAGUCACUCUCCUGUUAAAACAUAAUGUCCAGACUGAGUUCAGGCAGUGUUUCAUUAUCUGCACUCUGUCUCAUGAGCUUCCUUUACGGUAUACUGUCUAAACAAAGUUAGAAGAAAAUCCAGGACAGGAAAUGACACUCUUAUUUCCUGAUUUUUGGCAGUCCCUGUCGUCCGAGGUUAUUCUGGAGAACAGCAAACUCCCAGAGGGGGUGACCAUCGCUUACACAUCCCGCUGCAAAAACGGAGUGGUUAGUGAGGGCGAGAACGGACGGAAGUGCUCCAACAUUUCCAUCGGGGAUGAGGUGAGGAUUUGAAAAUGCCCUUUUACUUUUUGUUAUUGCAGCACACAGCACAUGAGCUCUGCACCCGAUUCAUUCAGAAACUGAAAAUGUCCAAAAAUUAUUUAUUUGUUUCAAAAGGCUUUAAAGCUGUGAUGUAAAUGAUAAAUACAAACAUCAGCUUUCAAUAUUCAGAGACUGAAUAUUGAAAUAUUCCAAACUGUGUCUGGAUCACUACGAAGGUGUUGGUAAACAGGCACUUUGGACAGGAAAGGCUUUCUUUUGGAUACACUGGAUCAUCUCCAACCCUCACUCCCACAGUUUACUAACUGUAUUUCACUGAAGCGACUCCUUGUGUCACUUGACUUCUCAGUCAUCCCAUUCUGUUUCCUUCCUGCACAAACAGCUCACACUGACAUCAUAUGGAAACUGCUUUAUUGGUUGACCUUUACAGGUGUUACGGUUUUUAGAUUUUCACAGUGAAGCCCUCCUUCCUUUCUUUCUUUUUGUAGGUGACGUUCAGUAUCAGCGUGACGUCUAAAGGCUGUCCUAAACCUAAAAAAGGAAAAUUUGAGACCAUCAAAAUCAAACCUUUGGGAUUCACAGAGGAGGUGGAGGUGAUCCUCAACUUCAUCUGUGAGUGUGACUGCCACAAAGAAGGCAUCAAUAACAGCGACGAAUGCCACUUUGGUAACGGGACCUAUGAGUGUGGAGCCUGCAAGUAAGACUGUGCACACCAUCUUUAUGAAAGGAAAGAGAGAGAACCUGGUAACACUGAGGGAUAACUUAUUUUCUUUGUCUAAGGUGUAACGAUGGACGUGUGGGCAGAAAGUGUGAGUGCAGCAGCAACGACGUGGCCACAGAGGACAUGGACCGGACCUGCAAGAAAGAUAAUGGCACAGAUAUCUGCAGCAACAAUGGAGAGUGUGUGUGCGGCACCUGUGAGUGUAAGAAGAGAGACAACCCUGAGGAGAGGUACAGCGGCCAGUACUGCGAGUGUGACAACUUCAACUGUGACCGCUCUGAAAACAAGCUGUGUGGAGGUGAGAGGGACGGCUCUGGAGGAUCAGUCUCACUGCUAUCAAAAGGUUUAGAAAGACAGCAAUGCUAAAUCAAGCUCUGCUAACCUUUAUUUUCCUCAGGGCACGGUCGAUGUGACUGCAGAGUGUGCAUCUGUGACCCCAUGUGGACAGGAAGUGCCUGUGAUUGCUCUUUGGACAACAGCACAUGUAUGGCCAGUAACAAGCAGAUCUGUAACGGCAGAGGGGAUUGUGAAUGUGGAAACUGUAAGUGCACAGACCCCAAGUUCCAGGGCCCCACCUGUGAGACCUGUCCUACCUGCCCAGGUGUCUGCGCUGAACACAAGUAAGUCUAAGAUAAAGAUCUUUUCGUGUGCACACUGUUUGAUUGGACCUGGGACACAUUAUUUUGUUGGCUUAAGCAUUUUCUGAGGGUUGUCCUUGAUACUGAUAUUUCAAACACAUGCUAGCUGAUAAUUAUACACACACACACACACACACACACACACACACACAUACACACACACACACACACACACACAUAUAUAGAUAGAUAGAUAGAUAGAUAGAUUUCAUUUGGCAAGUCUUAAAUGCACUGAAACUGACCUCUUAUCCUUAAUGAAACAGCAUGCUUGUUUUAGAGACUAAGAUAGGAAAGACUUAGUUAAGAUGAUUGGCAUUCGAGCUGUAUUCAAGACUGCUUACAGCCUAAUAUGGUCGAAUGCAGUAUGAACUAGGGAUGUAAGUUUAAGUAUUCUUUGUGAUCAAUUAAUUACUUGUGAAAAGAAGCUGGAUUUUUUUUCUGCAACAAAAACAACAUCAAGGGCUCUAUUUUCGUUCGCGCCGGUGAGGCGGCGGAGGGCGGCGAGCCCCGCGCAGUUGUAUUUUCGUCUGGCGGAGCCCGGCGUAAGGCGAGUUUGGUAUUUUCGUGGACUGAGUCGCACGGAGGCGAGCCGAGAUCCGCCAAGCUGGGCGUGGUGGCGUGGCAGGGGGAGGUGUUGACAGAAUCAGCUGGCGCAGUGACAUUUUCGUGCUCGCCACUGGCGUGUAACGUGCGCUGAAAGCUCGCCGAUUCAAACCUGGUCAGCUUUCAGCGCAAGGCGGAACGCAGCUGGUCUAGUAGUAUUUUGGUAGACCGGCGGCGUAUCGACAUAUGUCACCGAUGCCUCACCGGCAGGUUUCCACAGUGUCAGGCAGAUUUCAGUGCAUUAAAUAAUCAUCAACAACUAUUAAUCUGAGUCAGCACAUACAUUUAGAUCUAUAUCGAUAUAUUCUGAUCUAUAUCUGAUCUGAUGAGCGCGUUUGGCACGCGUUUGGCACGCGUUUGGGCACACAAGCUGACCGAAUCAAUACAGCUGAAACUGCAUCAAAUUAAAUUAAAUAUCUAGUAAAUAAACACACAUGAUGAAGUUAACAAGAUAUGUAAUUCGUCUCCCUCCUUUUCUUUAUUCCUCUUAUUUCUCGCACAGCUCGACCUGGACACGUCUCCGUGUCCUCUGUCCGUCUUCCUGCUGCUGCUGCGGCUGAACAGAUGAUUUGUUUCAGUGCUCAGAUGCGUUAUCUACUUUAAGCCGACAUACGGAUAUUAUAAUAUUCAGUUUUGUGGGCCAAAUUUAUUUUACAUGCCAACAUCUAUGAAAGAAAGAGCCAGGCCACGGAGCGCGAUGCGUCAUUUACGCACAGAUGGUUCCGAUUUUAAUGCCAUUUUUGGAGUUUAUGUUGUGAUCUGUGCGCUAAACCCACCUUUGUCAAGUGAGGUUUGAAUAUAUGCAACUUUAUGUGAGUGUCUUUAUUUGUGGAAAAGGGUGUUUGUCUUACCAGUGGGUCCAACAUUACGCACACCAAAUCCAUCUGUGCUCAGAUGAGAGAGUGUGGAGGACACUUGUUGAGCAGCUGCCCUCUGUCGCCAUCGUGUGGCAUAAUUGUCUUCAGACAUCUCUUGAUCUCUUUGACUACUUCAUGAAAAUAGUAAUACGCCUCGCCGGUGGCGGAUUUAAAGGCAAGGAGAGGAGCUUAUGUGAUUGGUGAAAACAGGUCUCGGCUGUGUUAAACACACUAUACGCCCUCUCUCCUCCCCGUCUACGACUUAUGCUGCCGGGAGGAGCUGAGUUAGGGAGGGGGGAUACUUACGCCGGGCUGCGCGGCUCACCAAAAUACCAAAAUGUGCUUGGGAACGCCUUGUCAGCGCGGCGGAUCUGAUUGACGCUGCGCUUGCGGCACGUCUCCGGCGAGGCACCAAAAUAGAGCCCCAAAUGUGUCUUUCCUCUGUCAUUUAUUUUCAACACCAUUAUUCUGGAUAUCAUUGAUGGUAUGGUAGAGGUACAGAAGGCAUAGAGGCGUACAGACUGUUGAACACACUGAAUAUCAGCAUGGAGGGCAGACUGAUAAAAAUACUUGUCUCAUUAAUCACACAGAGCAAGCCUUAAACUCCUGAAAGUGAGAUUUCUUCAUCAAAAGAACUAAGCAGGAAAUAUUUCAAGGUCCAGUCUUCUGCAUUCUUGUUCUUAUUGAUCAAAUAAGCAAGUCCACAUGGACACGCUCGGUCUGCCAGCAGGAAACCCUCUGAGACGAUGCUGAUGGUGUUGGUAUGCAGAGAUGCUGCAGUGCCAGCUUUGACAGUGAGAACAGUAUGUACCUGAUGAAUUGUUCACACUCACUCCUGGUACAGUAUGUACUUCAUACUGCGUAUCAUGUUGAACAGCAGCUAAGACUAGCUGUUCUGUUGGAUCCGUUUUUCAUGCACUUGGCCAUACUCUGAUGGUUUUCAGUUUUAAAACAUAGAGGUAAACAACAGUCUAUAUGACAACAAAACUGCAGGGGUUAGCAUCCACACAUGGUCUGAAAAAACAGAGGUUUCAACAUAAAGGAAUUACAACCUAUGGAGUUUGUAACCACAGAAAUGAGAGUAUUCUCCGGAGCUGAUUCUGCAUUAAUUCACUGUAAAUGUGAUGGAGUCACAACUAGUUCCUCAAGUGUUCAUCCGUCUUUACCUGGAAUACAUAAUGACAGCUGUAGCCGGUCAAACUUUUAAGUUAUCUUUACCCUGGAGUUCCCCAGUGAGAAAAGGUAUUAAUGUGGUUUCAAAGAUAUUCUUCUUUCACAAACUUCACACUGGGGUUACUGUCUUUCCUUUCCCUUAGACCUGUAGAUGUCAUUGCAUUUCAUUGUGAAAUAAUACUACUACUACUAAUAAUAAUAAUAAUAAUAAUAAUAAUAAUAAUAAAAAAAUAAAAAUAAUAAAAAUAAAAUAAUUAUAAUAUAUUUUAAUUGAUAAAAAUAAUAAUGAUAAAAAUGCUUAUCCAUCUUCUCCACCCCUACACACCCCCCGCACCCUCCGCUCCGCCAAUGCCAACCUCCUCACAGUUCCCCUGACUAACCUGGGGGGACAGAGCCUUCUCAGUCGCCGCCUCCACCCUCUGGAACUCAGUCCCACUGGACCUCAGAAACUGCACAGACUUCAACAGAUUCAAGACCCUUCUCAAAACCCACCUCCUCCUUUCAUCCUCCAUAGUCCCCCCCCCCCCCCCCGUGGAUUUUACAUGAUUUUAUUGAUAUUGAUGUAUAUUUUAUUGUAUAUUGAUGUGUGUUUUAUUGUAUAUUGAUGUGUGUUUUAUUGUAUAUUGAUGUGUGUUUUAUCGUUCUUGCUUUUACUCAUGUACAGCGUCUUUGCAUUCUUGAAAAGCGCUUUACAAGUAAAAUGUAUUAUCAUUAUUAUUAUUAUUAUGAAGGAAAAAAAUCAUACCCUUUUGAAAGCGACCAUGAUAAAAACAACACUGUGCCAUUGUAAUGAUAAUAUCAAUGAUGAUGAUAAAAUAAGACUUACAAUAACAUCAAAAAUAAUGAUAAAAUAACUAAUAAAGUUAUUAGAGAAGAAAUGUUAUGUUAUUAAAAUAAUAAUUAUGAUAAUAAAAAUAGAAUAAGAUUAAAAGAAACAUAAUAAAAGUUAAAACAUAAUAAUUAUUAUUAAAACAAUAGAAUACAAAUAACGUUAUUUUUAACGGUGGUAAUUCAAAAUAAAAUUAUAAUAAUGAUAAUGAUAAUACUAAUAUCUGUAAUGAUAAUUUAUAAGAUAAUAAUUAUUGUAAUGACAAUCAAAAUGAUAAUAAUAUUAUAAUGCUAAUAAUAAUUAAAAAUAGUAAUAAGAUUGUCAAUUUAUUAUGAGUUGAAGUAGUGUUCAAUUAUAAUUUUAAUUUUAAUUAUAAUCACUUAUUUAAUAUUAUACUGUUCAUACUGUGGUUUUUUCCUUGACAGUAUGACACUUGGGUAUUUUUGGUGUUCUGCAGAUUUAGCUCUUGAUCACACACUACGGGCUACAUUUUGGCUGAAUCAGUACAUGCUGUUUAUACAGGCACUCUCUGUAAUCAGUGUGUUAUUGGUUGAGUGUAAGGUAGUGUAGAAAAGCUCUGAGGUUGAGACAGUGUUAUGUUACGAGUACAGUUUAUUGAACAGUUACCUCCUGCUCCCUCAGAGAGUGCGUCCAGUGUCGGGCAUUUGGGACUGGAGAGAAGAAGGACAAGUGUGAGAAAGAGUGCAGUGACUUCACCCUCAUCAAAGUAAAGGACCGAGACAAGCUGCCGCAGCCCCACGACUCAUCCUACCCUGUCGUGCACUGCAAGGAGAGGGACGCCAACGACUGCUGGUUCUACUACACCUACGCCGUCAACAACAACACGGAGAAGGAGGUCCAUGUGGUGGAGACUCUGGGUAAGCAGAGAGCUGGGCGGUUCCUGUGUCAGAGUCAGAUAAUGACAGAGGCUGUGGAUGCCGGGCUGCAGAAAUAGAUUGUUUCUUUCUUCACUCAGGGGCCCUGUGUUUUCCCAUGCUUUCCUUUUUAUUCAAAGCUGCUAAACUCUCUCCUUCUCUGCCUUUCAGACUGCCCCGCUGGUCCUGAUAUCAUCCCAAUUGUGGCGGGCGUGGUCGCUGGCAUUGUCCUGAUUGGCUUAGCACUGCUGCUCAUCUGGAAGCUGCUAAUGAUCAUCCAUGACAGGAGAGAGUUUGCCAAGUUUGAGAAGGAGAAGAUGAACGCCAAAUGGGACACGGUGAGAGAGUCUGAAACUCUGUGAAGAUCAGCAGGAUGAAUAUUUGAGUUUAUUGGCUGAGGGUUGGUGCAGAUAUGUAAAUGUGGAAAACAGGUGUUGUAGGUCGGCUCUGCAGAGCCAGCCGCUGUCAGGGACUUAACUCAUGAGAAGCAUUUGUUGUUCUUACCAGCAGAUGAGAUCUGCAGACUUACUGAUAUCAUUACAAAGAGUCUGGCUAACAUUCCCUGCAGUCUCACAUCUGCAGGAACAGAUUGAAUGUGUUGCUUUUGAGCAGCACUCAAAGUAAAGAGGAAACGUGCCAGAGACUGUGUGGACUUUUUUGGGAAUGUUAUGCACUCUGAGCAGAGCCGGACUUUUUCCGGGGAGCGGCCACAGCUCCUCCCUCCCUGUUUCCUGCCCUUUAUAGAAUCAUCUGCCAACAUCAAUAUGACAGAGGGCAGGGGCCCAGCACAGACGGCUGUGAAGUACAAUGACUCCACCUAGUGGAUUAAAACAUAUUCUCAUAAUGCAGAUGUUUUUCCAAGUAAAUUUUGAUGGAUCUCACAAUGUUUUCACUUAAAUAACUUUAAAUUUAGUGUUGUUGCUCAAAGUUUACAAUUACACAAGGGUAAGGGUGCUGAGUUAAUAAAAACACAAUUAGAUGGUUUGUGAGUCAUUAAAAGUCUAUAUAUAAUUGAAAAAAGUGCAAAGACAACAAAUACACUUCAAAUGAUUCACAAACCAUCAAAAUUUGUUUAUAACAACUCUUAUGAAAUUAUAGUUACAUGUUUAUAUGUUAAGUUAGCUUAUUUACCAUGCCAGUUCCUUUGGAGUUCUUCAAUUUGCUUGAAAAUUAACAACAAACACCCAAGAAACUGAAGAAAACAAACUCAGCCAUAAAUCAGAUGCUGCAUAACAUACUAGAAAGAAACAAUCCCCUCAUUAGACACCUUCUUCCUCUUCUUCUUCUUCUUUUUGAAACUAGAGAGACAUUUGUUAUUAUUGUCUUGAUAAAAAAAGGUCAGGUGUCAUUAUAUUUGAACUCCUUUUUCUCUCACUAUCUUCAUUCUGGCUGAAUUUUAUUUGUUCACUUCUCUCCUUUUAGUCUGCCUUCCUGAUCGUCUUUAUUUCUGAACUUUAUUCUUUCCUCACUCUCCACCUGUAGCAAGAAAACCCCAUAUACAAGAGUCCUAUCAAUCAGUUCCAGAACCCAAACUAUGGCCGUAAAGCUGCUGUCCUUUGAGUUUGUAUUUCUUUUUCCUUUCCACUUCACUUUCCUGCAUGGGCUGUUCAUGUGUGUCUGAAUUUCACUCUUUCUUUGUUGCUUUAUUUCACCUUUCCAUAAAAUCUUCAGAGAGCAAAAACCACAGACAGAUGAACCCCAAAAGAGUGAUGUUGUCUUCAUAGUUAGUAUAGAUGAGUGCAUGAGUGUGCUGCUGAAAAACUAUUCUCUGGAUCAGCUUGAUUUAUCAAUGAGCAGCAUGUUUUUAAGAAGUGUGUUUUCAAUGAAUGACAGACCUAUAAGAUGAUGAGACCCAAAGCUUAACCCGGUUUUUGUGUGUGUGUUGUCAGAAAAUCUAACAGUUACAUUGAACACUGAUAGAUUAGAUUUAAAUGGUGUGAUUAACUGAAUUAUUCUCUUCUUUUCAGGGUGAAAAUCCCAUCUACAAAAGUGCUGUUACAACUGUUGUCAACCCCAAAUAUGAAGGCAAAUAAUGGCCCUGUUUUCAUGAACUCUGCUAUCAAACGUCAUCUGACACCUGCAGGAUUGACCCUGUAUUCAGGAGGAUCUGGAGGAAAACCUGAUGGAAAUGUUGUUUCUUCUUGUUGCUUUUACUGUUAAAAUGUACCCUGCAGCCACUGCAUCUGCCUUUUUACUAACACUUAUGAUUUAUAUGCAUAUGCUGUGUUGUUAGAUGUACAGUAUAUGGUUUGUGUAUAUACUUUUGAGUUGCGUAUGUGCAGAAAUGAUGAAAUGAAGGUGCUUUUUUUCCUGCCACAGGACUGGCAAAGGCAGAUUAUCUUUUUUUUUGUUUGUUUGUAUAAGCAUCACAUUGUGGACACUCUGGAUAUCUGUUUUAUAUAUAUAUGAAGUGUCUCUUUCUCAGAUGUGUCUCUGUGCACUGACCUCCUGCGUGUUUGUGUGAUGCAGACAGGACCUGAAUUUGAUUAAUGCAAAGCCUCAGCCAUAGCAGCACAUUAUUCAAUGUGUGUGUAUAUAAAGAAAAUAACUGCAAUAUGGAGAAUUGAGAGAUAUUUGGCAUUCAGCAUAGAUUGGACUGUUACUGUUGAAUCUCUUUUGCAGCGUUUGUAAAUGUAGUUUUUAAACUGCAGCUGAGAAACACCUGAACCUAGAGAUUUUAUUCUAGUCUAGGCGAGUAAACACAUGAGAUGGAGUAAAUAUCAGUUGUUUUUUUAUGAAAAGGUUGAUCACAAAGGGACUGUAAACCACUCGUGAAACUAUCCAAUCUGUAGCAGUGUUGAACAAUCAAAGGAUCUGUAAAGUUAGAAAGCAACAUGCCUAUAAAAAUAUUGUUUUAUUUGCUAACUCCAGCAACUUUAUCACUUCUUCUCAGGUCUUUUCCUGUGUUUGUCAAGUACCUGAAAAAGCCUGCUCUCUGUUCAUCUGUGGACUGGUGAACUUAUUUACCUGGUCAGUUAUCCUUUGUCACCAAUUAUAAACGAACAUGUGCAUUUGUUUGGGCGUUGUGUAAAUCACCUCUUUCACAGCCAAAUGCCUCUAAACACAGACUCACAGCUUUCACAGUAUUGUUUUCAAAGUGCCUUUUAUUUCAGUACCAUGUUCCCUCCUGAUGCUGUGUAUGAGUUAUUUAUUAAAUAAACUACAAAACUACC